CUGAACGGCACAACGACUGUCGUCUUCCUCUCUCAACGACGCAGAAUCGCGAAGGGUUAUACAACUGAUGCUGCUAUGUCUUCUUUGAAUUUUAUUGUCUCGCGAGCUACUGAAUGGCCCACUGAGAUACAGCAUUUGGCGUGCUUACUUGACUCUCCAAUCCCAUCACGACUUGCCAACGGCCCAUACCCACCUGUCUCUUCUAGGGCAUCUCCGUUACUCGAGGAGCUUGAAAGUAUCCUAGAAUGUUCUCCAGAACAUCUCACAGACUCCUCCUCGGAAGUACUAGAUAUUUUGGAUCUACUGCUUUCGACUGUUGCCGCGCUCAGAGUUCUCGCCGGCGGUUCGAAGGAUGAUACUAGACAGUCAACGAUACCAUUCUGGUCCCUUCUUAUACGUUCGCUUUCAUUUAUGUGCUAUGAUAAAUCAUAUAUAAUGCAAGAUGUUGCAUUCGUUCGACCACGAUUAUCACAUUCUUCGAAUACGAUGGAGGAUGGACAUGCUUCAUUGCUGAUAUCUCAUAUCGUUGAAGAUAUUUGGCGGCCAAGGCCGGUCGUAGAGGAUGACGCUUCGGGGCACCUGUCUAUCAUGAGAGCGGAACGCUCAAACGAAUCAUCCUCUGAUAGUGACACCAGCUAUGAACGCACAGAGGCUUCAACGGAUCCGACGUCUGCCCAGUCAUAUUAUGUUCCUCUUGAUGGCCACAUCCUUGCCUACUGGCGACAUCCGAACUCUGUUGUUCUCCCGUACCUUUGUGUCACGGAUGAAGAAGACAUUUUCAGCCUAAUGAGCGGUGUUGUUUAUCAGCGUUCUACUUGGGGAAUUUGCAAGCCUGUUAUUGGAAUUAUCCUGUCAAAAACAGGGUUCGUGGGCCGGGUGGUCUUCGGUUGGCUUGACAAUGUAUGCGCGGACCCUGAUGUUCUGCCCACAGUUCGUUUUGCGUACGCAGAUGGGACGCGUACAGACCCCUCAUUAGGAGUGUACGACCUUACUGACGCCGUCAGUGCUCUCAAAUUUGCACAAUUUAUCAUCGGCCUUCGGGCGCAUGUCGAGGGAAUCGUUGCCCAAUGCCAAGCUCCGACAUUCAAACGACUUUCAUGGAGAUCAGAUACCAUCGAUGAUGACGAUUCCGGUUCCGAAGAAGAACAAUGGGAACAAAGGAUUGUUUGUUGGCGAAAUACGGUGGAAAGAUGUGACACCGACCACACAGCACCUUCCGAUACUCCGUCGACUAACUGCUGCUGUUCAUCCAACAUAGCUGACUCUGAAAAGCGGACUACGCGGUCCUCUUCGAAGGCUAGGUCUGCACGUCAUCCGAGGCGCUCAAUGUCUGCAGACAGCAAACGAGAACGUCCUCCAGCAGAGCCUACACCAUUUGUGCCCGAUAUCGAUCUCAGAUAUCCUCGCGAGCCUUCCCUCGGAGCUACGGGUUCGAAGACUCCAUCGGAUAGAGCAUCUGCUCAGCUUGAUGAACGUGGAGGACAAGAAACAAAGACGGAUGGUGGUUCUUCUAAUAAUGAAAACACUGGUAAGCGUUCGAAGAGCGCAGAUGCCUUGUCGUGUUCAGCGUUAGGUGCGAAGUCCUUGGCUGGCAUAUCCCCUGCCGCGAAGCUUUCUUUCUCAAGCUAUGCACACGACCGCAAAAUUAUCAGUUUGAGCAACAUACCAUUGGACACAAAUGCUCAUGGAAUAGUCGAUGCUGCUGACGAGAUUAACGAGAUGCUUGAAUUCUAUGAGGAAAUGACCAAGUAUAUGAAACCUCCUAUCGAGCAGAAUGAAUCACCUGUCGUUGACAAACGGAUCGAAGAAGUUCGCGACCACUUUCUCGUUCAAAUUGAUGCAUGCUCCGGUGGUAAAAACACUUCCCAACUUCCACGGCACUUCUGGGAGGUCAUUUCGGGUUGCUUUUCGUCUCUUCUUUGGGCAUCCGUCGGCGGGUACUCCAAGGAGCUCGCUGAUAAAUCACCUAACGAAGCUGAAGCUCGUCAUGAAUGGGAUAUUCUUCUGAACCUCGGCUUCGUGAAUGUCCAUGAGCUCGCUUCUGGAAGAGUGGUUCUCGAAAGAGCAUUGUCGCUCUCGCGGAAUGUCGCGGCAGAUGUGAUGAACACCUCCCCGACUUCUGCUGCUGCAGAAUUUCAGGGUGUCGCUCGGCAAUCACGCAAUAUCAGUUAUCAACACGUUUUACAACUGGAAGAUCCCAAGUUCAUGUCUUCCUCCAAUUCGAAGCUCGUUCGGCAGGCAGAAGAUUUUCAUUUGGUCGCAGCCACGCAAUCACGUGCUGUUUCCGCGCUUUUUGAUAAUGCAGAGGCAGCCAGGAAAGCCAUACUGAAGCGUGCCGGAGAUGAGCCAGAGCUUGGGAUCGUUGACGCCAUCCUGACGUUGCCGUUGGAGCGCCUGCAGCUUAUCGAGGAGCCUCUCAUUUGUAUCACAGAGACCCGCGAGACUGUCAAUGCUGCAAAGACUCUCAGCGAAGAUAACAUAUCUGAGCCAGAUGAAAAUGCAGUGUCGGAGAUGCCGAAGGUUAGAAGAUCCAGGCCUGUUCAUGGCUCCAGGCGAACGAAGUCUGCAACGACGCAAAGUGAGCUGCUCUCAAUUGCAGAAGAGCAGGAAGGGCAUAUUCAGGUGCCUGACGAGGAAGUAGGGAGGCGGACCGACGACAAGCAAGGAUCAAACGGUACCCGGGCGACUAGAAAAGAAAACUUGCUACGGCCAUUUUCGGUGACGUGCUCAGUGACGAAAUUAGCACCCAAGAUGACAUUCCCACCUGGGGUGGUGAUGGAUGUCAAGGAGCUGCUCACUAAACUUCUCUUGGCCGUUUUAGUUGCCGAAUACAAGAAGCCUACGCAGACUUACGCGAAGGCCGUCGUGCAAGCAAAAAUGUACGCGGAAGCGUCUGUCAGGUAUCUCGCAAGUCUGGGAGUGACCAAACAAGCUGUUUUCGCAUUGGCGACAGAUGGCGUUGAAGGAGCUGUACUUAUGGCUUGGUGCUCGAGCGACUCCGAAACCGUCUACAUCGUUGAGCGCAAUGUUCAAACAUUCAACAUUUCCUCACCCAUCGAGGUUUACCAUUUUGUCACGGUCCUUCUGCGUCUACGAGAGUAUGGGGAUACGACGCUGAAGGAUGCAGUCUUGAAAGCAUUAGAAGCGGAAGAAUUCCAACAAAAGAGCUGGAGUAAAACGGCACAGUUUAAUAGGAUGGAAUGAGAUUGCAUUGGCUUACGAAAAACUUUCUUUGCUUUGAUUGGAUGUAUCCACAUGCUUUCUACGUGCUAUCGCUAAUUUAUAUGCU